AUGCCGCUGUUCGGCAGCACGAAGCAGAAGACGAACCAAGCCGGCAAUGAGGCUGGCUCCUUCGAUCUCUCUUCCUCACUAGGCUCUGAUUCCGCCCGAAGUCAACCAGCUCAUCACCGGUCGCCCUCUCUGAGUUCGACCAGGAGCUCAUACAGUCGACGUCUCGGCCUCAGACGAGGCUCACAAGCCAAGCACGAGGAUGAAGGAAUCGAAUUGCUCGACUCGCCAACACUGUCGCUACGUUCGAAAGCAUCACAUGUCUUCAACGAUGAAGACGAGGAGGAGACGGAGCUCGCCAAAGAUAAUCUGGCCAUUGGCUCACCCGUCUUACCUGCACCGGUGCCCCUCGUCGGCGAAGGCAUUCGGAGACAUCGAGCUGGCCCGGAUGAGCGAGGUAUAGCGACGCUCAAGGUGACCGAAGAGGGCCAGAGUGACGUGCCAGACGCGAAACAGGCGCGACCGGAUGCUCUGCCUGCGCACAGCAAAUCGUCGCGCAAGUCCAGGGGAUGGUUCUCGCUCAGUGGACCGAAGACGCCGAUGAACGAGGAAGAGGCGAAUCUCGCCGAUGCAACACCUUCGGUCGAUCAAAAGACUGUGUCGGCCAAGAAGAAAAAAGAGGCGAAAGCGAGGCAGCGAGGUCUGUCCGAAGUUUCACUGGGCGAUCUACAGCAUGACGAUGCAGUCACUUGA